AUGGGAGCGGGCUCAGUCGACGGUGAAAACGUGGCAUCCCGGCGAACAGCUAGCGGAGAAGUAGAACCAGCCACGGCUGAAGCAGCAAGAAUGAGAAGUACACUGGGCGCUACAACGCCUUCCGCUGUUUAUUUGCGACGCAGAACCUCCUCGGCCACUUCGUCAGCAGAUGAAUCCUCGAGUGCAGCGGGGGGUGCGACUAUCUCCAGCAUGAGUGGCGACCAGUGCAGCAUCUACUGCGCUUCGGUUGGCGCAGGAGGUGCAGCGCGUGGCGGUGUCUCUUUCAUGAAGACAUCAGCAGCUGAGGAGACCCGGGUUCUGCCGCCCGAGGCCCAAGAGUACCUGCGUUUGCAGGACGCACACGCGGGAGGAGAAAAUAUUAAAAAUCCGGAAGUUGCAGACCCGCUCCCGGCGCUGCCCGUCACGGAAGCGCCGACGCAGGGAUACACGACCGCGUACGGCACCACCGUAGCCACAGACCACACGCAAAUAGAGUCCGUGGAGCGGGUGUGCCACGACGGGGCUUUUUACACUCUGUACGACUUGGAGGAACUGCGGCAAAGCAGGGCGUCCACCAUCACCGACAGCCCGACAACGUUCGAUGCGACGCGUGUGAACCUGUUUCCGACUUGCGCCUCGUCCGCGGUAGCCGAGGUGGAGGAGAUCAAGGUCGUCAAGUGCGAACUGGCAUUCUCCCUGAGUGACGCGUUUUUCGCCUCGCUGGGGCCCGCAUUCGUGUCAGGUUCAAGCGAGGAAGCAGCUCCACUGACCGGCGCUUCUACCGGGGGCGACGGUGUGGAGGAAGGGGCAGCUCUACCAAGUGCCGCAACCCGUGCCCCAAAAGUGAUUCCGGGGGGGUCACCCGAGCAGACGUUGCCUCCGCCUCCGGUGGUCACGGAAGAAACCAUCGCGGAGCGAAUCACCGCACCCCGCACCGUCACGCAGGCCGAAAAGCAAAAAGCUGCGCAGGUUACAAGCAACAUUGACAGUAUCGCGAUCGUGCUGCGCAACUCUCUGAUCUCAACGGUUUCCCCGGACGACACCCUGCUUAUAAAUUCCUUCAUAUCGUCGAGUGCAAAUAUGUCUGGGUCGCGCGAAAAUUGUCUGCUUAUGUUCGUCGCGAAACACAGGUAUGGUAAUGGUCGUCUGGGAUGCACACUACAGAGGCAUCACAGAUGCUUCGGGACCGUCGUGCCUGUUCCGCAUAAGAAGUCCGUGUCCGCCUUUUGAUGCCUAUAAAGAAGUGGGAAGGUUACGGUGUUCAAGCGUCACUGAGUGUUUUACGAUCAAGACUUUGCAUGUUGACAACCCAGACAUGUUCGCAAUGCAUGCUUCACGAUGAACGGCGACAUCACCGUGAACGUCGCGUACUACGGCCGCCGGCGUCGCCGUCGGCUUGGCGGGGCACUUGAAGUAGAUUCGCGAAGUGCUGAAGCAGCAGAAGAGCCCACAUCAACACGGGCAGCGGUCGACCCGAAGGAGAGAGAUCAAAAUGCUGCACAGGAGGUAGGAGAAAGAACACCCACGUACGACUUGGACGACGACGUGGACGAUGUUUUUCUUCUCACGACGAGCAGCAGCAGAGAAAUAAAGCAGGCAGAUCAAUUGCAGUGGCAGCGCGAGCUUACGACGGGGUCCUCGUCGACCACAUCGCUGAAGUUCGAUUUCGAGGUGAAGUUCAAAGGCACCGACGCCGCCACCAAAGCCGACGCUGUCAGUUCCGCGAUCUCCGCUGCGCCCAGCAGUGGUCCGGGCGCUCCUUCUAGUGGCAACACGACUUCGGCCUUCGAAGACGCCUUCACGGCCAGCUUCUCCACUGUGUUCGGGGUCUCGCAGUCUGCCAUCGGCGGGAUCUCGACCUCCGCCACGGCCGCCACAGUUUUCGUGGAAAAGAACCGCUGGGAGUACGAUCCCUGGGGCAGCUGCACCAAUACCUGCGGUUCGGGCACGCAAAGCCGCACCUAUUUCUGCUACAUUGCGUCCGGUGCCUUCGACGCAAACUGUCCCGCGGGGGUCUCGCACGUCACCGAGCAGCCGUGCGAGGACUGGACGGGCUGCCCUUUCUUGAUCACCUGUCCAGUGGGGCAGCGGUACGGCUGCGGAUGGCAGACUGCCAUGGUGCUCGGAGUCACGGGAUUCCUCCUGCUAUCGCUCGCAGUGUACCUCUACCGGGGCUGUCGCCGCCCGCGGGGCGGGAAGACGAGUCUGAAACUCGAGGGCGUGAAACAGACGAGCGUUGCUUGGCGCAAGGCCUGGGACGAGGAAAAAGGGAAAACCAAAAUCGUGUGGGACCUCAUCCCAGAUUUUCAGCCUGGCCUUGUCGUUGAUGGACGGGCGGUACUAGACACCAAGGAAGUUGAGCUCGACGUGUUCAAAACGUUAACUGUUGAAAAUGAAAAACGAGAAGCGCCUCCCCUGUUACUCGUGAACAGUAUGUCGGCCGAGGACAAAAAGCCUGGCGACGCGGACCAAGCGGAAAAAACGAAAGAGGGAACAAUAGGCCAAGAGGGCGAGGAUGCGCCAGACAUGCAGCAGCUGUCCGCCGGUGCCAAGAAUUUACUUCUGACCGCGGCCGACGAGGAGACUGCCGGCGCCGCGUUUGUUCGACGAGCAGCGAGCAAAGAAAACUUGCCCCCAGCUGCAAGGGCACUAGAGGACAGCACAUUCCUGCCCCACUGCUUCCACCUCCACGCUCGCGUGGAUUACUGGAGCGAGAGCGGGCAGGUCUAUCUUCCGGCGAUGGUCGAGUCUUUCGACGCGAAGAUGCAGACGCUGAACCUGUCACUCCGGGGAAACAUGAAGAGGCAACACGUUUCCUUCCACAACGUGGCCGUCCCGCUUUCUCCCGGCGAACCGGUGGAAUUUACCUGCGGCCCCUCAAGUGGUGCUGGCGCCAGUGCGGGGCUCGCACUGCUACCCUCGUCGGUUUCAUCUGCGCGGAAGAGCAAGAGAGUGACCCAGGGCGGGGGCUCACCUUGGGGAAAAGACAUCGACGCCGACGCAACCCCAUCUACUCCGACGUUGAAGAGAGCGAGGACGACCGCGAUCUCGGCACGAAGCUCCGAAGCCGCCAUCUUUCCUGAUGAAGAAGACGAGGAAAACCGCCGGAUGCUAUACGGGCGCUGGUUUGGACCUUGUCAUGUGGUUAAGACGCUUGGGGGAUCACGUGGAUACGUCUUGGAAUUGCGCCGGGAGCUCGGAGUAGCUGCAGCUGCGAACGGAAGUAGAUCUGCAACCACAAGACCGGAAAUCGAAGUAGAAGCAGGGGGAGCAGUAGCAGCACGGAGAAGUACAGAAACAAGUAACAAAAGCUCGAACUUAGACCUUGGCACACGCGCGUCGAGCUGCCGGCGCUUUGUGGUCUCCGAGCGGUUGAAUGUACGAAGGUUUUUCGCCCCGAGCGACGAGGUUCUGGUUUUUCGCAACCAAACUUGGCUGCGUGGGGUGGUGGUGGAAGCGAAGACUUCGACGAAAGUCCAAGAGGACGCAGCUACUCGCGCAGCUACAGUUGCGCAGGACCGUAAGCAAACUGAAAGCGAAACCCUCACGACUCCCGCAGAAGCCGUCAGAAUGUUGAAACUGAAAGAUGAGGGCGAUGAUGACGCAGGCAACGACGCGCCGCGUGACCACUUGGAGGUCAUGCGGAAAGCCAUCGACGAACUCGACGCCCGCUUCGAUUUUUUGUCGCGGUCGCCACGGAAAUCGGGCCCCCGGAAAAGUACAACCCAGCGUCUCGCCGACAGUUCCCAGGAGGCUUUCGCCACCCCCUUCACCGCCAGGGUGGUGGCAACCCCUUCGCCCUCGAGAGUCUCAAGAAGCGCUCACCAAAGCACAUCUCCCGCUUUGGGGCAUCAGCGAGGGCCUGUGCUUGCAAGAGCCGCAACCUCGGGGGCGAUAUUAACAGCAUCUCCCCCACCCACCACUCCCGCACGUGCGAGUAGAUUCGACGCUGCCGAGGAAACGAACAGGUGGGAGCAGGCGCAGGGUUCUUGUUUCAACCACCGUUUGAUUCUGGUUCGCUGGCCGAAGCAAGAAAAUCUUGGUGCAGUAGACCUCGAUCAUCGAAAGGGUGCAGCUCUAGGAGAGCUGAAAAAUAGAAGCCUGGACGGUGAAAAUCAAGAGCAAGACUGGGUAAACUUGGAUCUGGAGCCAGUAUUGCCGGUCGCUCUUGCGAGGCCUGCCGACGCGGAGCAGUUUGGCAUUGUCGUGCAAGCCAGUUCCUCGCCAUCACCCGGUCCCCUAGUGCUGCCUCAGGCGGAAAAAGAAAAAGAAUAA